ACCACCAAACCUAUGAUUUUAAAUUUAUUGUAUUUGUUUUCAUUAUCGUCAUGUUUAGGACGGAUGUGAUUUUGUAUUUGAUAUAUUAUUAUGCCCCUUGUUUUGUCACCGACUAUCUCAUUUUUACCCUCCACUCAACCAUAUUGUAAUGGUUUGAUAUUCAUAAAAAAUAAUUACGAAUUAAAUAAAAAGGAAUAGUGUCCAAAGAACAUUAUCAUAGAAGAGACUUAAAACUAUUGUUGUGCUUUCAUAACAGUUGAUUACGUGACGAAAUUCCAUAAUGUAUAAAUGUGGAAUACAUUCUAUUGUACAUGUUACUGCACCAUCAAUUGAAUUAGCAAAAGGCUUAGCUCGUGGUAUAAUAACAAAGGAUCUUGCAGCUUGUGUAAACUUGAUCCCUAAUGUAACGUCAAUUUAUAAAUGGAAAGGUGAAGUAAUUGAAGACUCUGAAAUACUAAUGAUUAUUAAAACACGAACUUCAAGAAUAGAAGAUUUGACUAAUUAUGUUAAGUCCGCACACCCAUAUGAAGUCUGUGAAGUAAUUUCUACUAAAAUAGAAAAUGGAAAUAUUCCUUACUUAGAGUGGAUAUCAAAAUGUGUACCAGAAACUUCUAAAGAUUUAACUAUUGAUAAUAACACGACUAAUUUGUCUGAAACCAAAAAAUAAAAUAAUAUGUUAAAU